CCCCGCGGGUUCCGGCGCCUGGACCCACGCUCUGCCGGGUUGCUCUGCUGAGUGACACCACCGUGGCAUCCAAGGAGCUGUUGUUCUCUAGCUUGCGCAGUGGGAAGCGGCGGCGGCGGCGGCCUCAGCGUCCUAAGAGCAGCUGCAGCAAACAAAUAGAGACCCCGAUCGCCCUUCCCUUCCACAGGACAUCAUAGUGGCCCAUCACAUUGAUGACAUUAUGCUGAUUGGACCUGGUGGGCAAGAAGGAACAACUACUCUAGACUUACUGUUGAAGAGAGACCGUUUGACGUUUUAGUGAUGGCUGAAUGCAAACAUUUAAAACCUUUGAGAGAAUACAGCAGCACACCAGGGAGACUGUUACCAUGAUUAUCGGGAGGAUAAAUACCAUGAGUUUGGACUGAAACCUAUCAACACUCUUCAAAAUGCAAUGGAUUGUGUCACGGAUUGUAUCUCAACUGGCACGCAGGACAUGCUUGGAACUACAUAAAGCUGGUCUUUUUGGACACUGUCAAAAUGUAAAGGGACCUUUACUUUUGUGCAAUGCUGAAUCCAAAGUGGUUUUGGUGCAAGGUCCUCAAAAACAAUGGUUGCAUUUAUCUGCUGCCCAGUGUGUUGCAAAGGAAAGGAGGCCAUUGGAUGCUCAUCCACCCCAACCAGGAGUCCUUCACCAUAAGCAAGGGAAGCAGUGUGUUUCAUCCAGGAGGGAUUUUUCAUCCCGUGGCACAGCGCAUGGAACUCCGGAAAAAAAGGAAGAGACUGAUCCUUUACAAGACAAAUCUAUUAGUCUUUAUCAACGAUUCAAGAAAACAUUUAGACAGUAUGGAAAAGUUUUGAUUCCGGUGCAUCUAAUAACUUCUGGUGUUUGGUUUGGAACAUUUUAUUAUGCAGCCUUGAAAGGAGUGAAUCUCGUUCCUUUUCUAGAACUCAUUGGGAUACCUGACAGUGUGGUAAACAUCCUGAAAAACUCCCAGAGUGGAAAUGCACUGACAGCGUAUGCCAUGUUUAAGAUUGCAACACCUGCCCGGUAUACCGUGACUCUGGGAGGAACAUCCUUCACUGUGAAGUAUCUGCGCAGUCAUGGCUACAUGUCCACACCACCACCCGUCAAGGAGUAUCUGCAGGACAGGAUGGAAGAGACAAAGGAGCUUAUCACAGAGAAAAUGGAAGAAACAAAAGAUAGACUUACUGAAAAGUUACAAGAAACCAAAGAAAAAGUUUCCUUUAAGAAAAAAGUGGAAUAAGUGCCUUAUAUAACAGUAUAGAAAAAUUCCUGCACUUUAACCCUUUGGAAACCAGGCAAAGAUACAUGUCUAAUUUUUUUCCCUUUUUUUGGUUAGUUGCCGAAAUAUACUAGUUCUCUGAGGGUUAAAGAAGUAAAAUACCUUUUUAAAGUUAAAUAUCAGUAGAAAAAUCAGUGUUUUUAUACGGAAAGAAAAUGAACCCAAUAUAAGAAUUUCCCAUCAAUAACAGUAUUAAGCAGUAGGUAAUGUCUUAGAAGUCAGACUUCUUUUUCAGGGUCUUCAGAAGCACGCUUGAUUUCUGUUUUGUUGCAGCUGUAAUUUAUGCUGGUAUGCCUGGUAUGGCAGCUGACUCCUUGAAUAACCAAUGUGACCCAUAAAACAGGCUCUUAAUACUGAAUCUUAAUUUUUAUGUUCUUCAUUAAGGUUUUAACUGUAUUCAGUAUGUAAUUUGGAGACAAACUAGCAUCAUCCAAACUGCCUGUGAAUAAGAGGUUAUUUAGUCUUUCUAUAAAAACAGAAUAGGACAGUUACCUACCAGUUAAAAUACCUUAUAUGAAGAAAAUAGAAUAAAGAUUUAGUCAUUUAUAUGUAAAUAAGAUGUAUUGGUUGUAUGUAAAUGAAAAAUUGAUCCUUUAAAAAUUAUUCUUACCUGAAGCUUGUAAUUUUUUUAAAGCAAAUAUAUAUGGGGUGAUGGUACUUUUCAACUGUGUGUAUUGGUGGUGAUCACCUAAAACAUAAACCUUUAUUGUGAAUCA